AGAAAUGGGUUGCGAGGAUGGCCUUGGCGAAACACCCGCCUUGGUCUUGGGAGCUGGAGCUUCCUUGGCGAGAUCUCUCUCUUAGCCAGGGCUCUUCCAACUUGGCCCUUUCAUGACUUGUGGACUUCAACUCCCAGAUUUCCUCAGCCAGGCACGUCCACAAGUCAUGGAAGGGCCAAGUUGGAAGACCCAGGCUCUUAGCGCUGCUCAAAGGAAACAAGUGGUGGGGGGGGAAAGACUACGAAUCCCAACAGCCUUAGCGGUGAGACUUCCGGUGCUGCCCGUUCAAGGGGCGUCCGCGCUGUUCGCUCCAAGCCUGAUAACAAGGAACGGCGGGCAGCCCCUGCAGCGCCUGACCACAUAGCCCAUACUUCCCAGCCAGGGGCCGCCUUGGGCUGAAUCUCAGGUUUUUAGGUUCUGUCGUGUUGGGACCACUUGGCGUUCCAAUGAAGGACUCCUUGACCCUCCUGUCCCGCAUCCAGGCACACCCGGAUUCCCGUUGUUGGUUCCUAGCCUGGAAUCCUACAGGGACACUCCUGGCUUCCUGUGGUGGUGACCGUAACAUCCGCAUCUGGGGAAAGGAAGGUGAUGCCUGGGUGUGCAAGUCCACUCUGGAUGAAGGGCAUCAAAGGACCAUCCGCAAAGUGGCCUGGUCCCCCUGUGGGAACUACUUGGCUUCGGCCAGCUUUGAUGCAACCACCUGCAUUUGGAAAAAAAACCAGGACAACUUCGAGUGUGCAGCCACUCUGGAGGGCCAUGAAAACGAGGUGAAGUCGGUAGCCUGGGCUCCAUCUGGAAGUCUCCUGGCUACCUGCAGCCGAGACAAAAGCGUCUGGGUUUGGGAAGUGGACGAAGAGGACGAGUACGAGUGCAUGAGUGUCUUGAAUUCCCACACACAGGAUGUCAAGCAUGUCGUCUGGCAUCCUAACCAAGAGCUGCUGGCAUCUGCCAGUUAUGAUGAUACCGUCAAACUGUAUCGGGAGGAGGAAGACGACUGGGUGUGCUUCAGCACCUUGGAAGGACACGAGUCCACGGUGUGGAGCUUGGCUUUUGAUCAGAAUGGAGAAAGGCUGGCUUCUUGUAGCGACGACAAGACCGUGCGAAUUUGGCAGCAGUUUAAGCCAGGCCAUGAGCAAGGCGUGGCCUGUAGUGGUGCCGAUCCUGUGUGGAAGUGUGUUUGCACCCUCUCUGGUUUCCACACGCGGACUGUCUAUGACGUGGCCUGGUGCCAGCUGACAGGUGCCUUAGCCACCGCUUGUGGAGACGACGCCAUCCGGGUGUUUGAGGAAGAGCCUCUCUCGGACCCUCACCAGCCCACCUUCUCCUUGACCGCACACAUGGCCCAAGCCCAUUCUCAGGAUGUGAACUGUGUUGCCUGGAACCCCAAGGAGCCGGGGUUCUUGGCUUCAUGCAGUGACGACGGAGAAAUGGCCUUCUGGAAGUAUCAGCGUCCAGAGACUUGCUGAACACAUUGUUGUUUCCGGGGGGGGGGGUGUUUCACAAGCACUAGAUCCUCCAGAAGAGGCAACUGAACAUUCUAACAAAUUGAUUCAACCGUGCUGUAGUUGUUUCCAUUCUUUCAGAAGAACUGCAGUUCCCCAAGUGAGAAUUACUAUCUAGAAGGAAAACACUGGAUUUGACAAUCUGGUUGUUCUUUGACAAGGAUCUAGGUGAUUGCCAAGGCAGACUGCACUGAAGCUGGAUUUUCACGGUAGGCCCGAAGUGAACCUUGGAAAGCUUUGUUAUCCCUUCUAUGCUGGCUUCAGGAAGUGACAUGAUAGGCUUUAAAUGUUGGUUUCUACUUAAUAAAACCAGUCUCCCAAGGAUGUAUAGUGGGGUGUUAUAAAGGGAAAGGAGCCGUUAUUUUGACAUCUAUAAGAUAAAUAAAAUAAAACAUCUGCUGUUGUUAA